UGUGCGCUAGAAAGAAACACUAAACCUGUAAAUAAUUCUACCUCUCACUUCUUAUGACAGCUGUCAAGUGACAUCUGUCAAAAGGCCGAACAGACAUCACGCCACUCAGGGGCCAAUUAUUGUUUUCAAUCCCUCUGACGUGCCUUUUCCAUUUCAAAUUUUGUCUUUUUGAAAAUUUUUGAAAAAAAUUAAAACUAAAUUAUUCAUCUUUAAAUAAAAAGUUUAAAGUCAUACCGCGACGAUAUACCAGUGCUAGAGCGAGUGCUUAUCAACUGAAAACUUAAAAGAGAGACAGACAUGAGUGUCCAAGUCCAAAACCCCCAAGUCCAAGGUGAACAUCUCCAAAGCCCUAUAAUAAGUUCCUCCUCAGACCUGUACAACGCUCCUUUCGUGUCCAAGUUCGCUAUUAGGGGACGGGCAAAUUACAGAACACCCUUUCGGGGAAUUUCAUUUAACAAUGAUACCUUAUUGUCUUCCCGGUCCUAUGAUCCUGUGUUUUGUCGCUUUGUUCAAAAUCAAAAAGUUAGAGAUCCAGAGGUUUCAACUAGAUACGCCACUCUAUCAGUAUUACUUAUUUUUAUUAGCUCAUUAACCGCUUUGUAUGUUGUUUAUCAGACUUUUCCAGAAGUGACUGAUGAAGAGAAACUACAUAUUAAAGUCCCAUGGAACAUAGAAGAUGCCAAAAAUUUAGGAAUAGUAUUAAAUAGGUACAAAGGAGACCAUUACUACCAUGUGAUGUCAGGGGUGUUCCUCACAUAUAUUUUUCUUCAGACAUUUGCCAUUCCAGGAUCACUGUUUUUAUCGAUUUUAUCAGGGUAUCUGUUUCCCUUCUAUGUGGCCUUAAUUUUGGUUUGUACAUGUUCAAUGGUCGGGGCUACAUUGUGUUUCAUGUUGUCUCAGUUGCUGGGUCGACGACUAGUACUUAAGCAUUUCCCAGAAAAGGCAAGCAAAUGGAAACUGCAAGUGGAAAACCACAGGGACAACCUGUUUAAUUACAUGGUGUUCCUUCGAGUAACGCCGAUCUUACCAAACUGGUUUAUAAACCUGACGGCACCCGUUAUUGGGGUGCCUCUAGUACCAUUUGCCUUGGGUACAUUUGUCGGUGUCGCCCCACCGUCCUUCUUUGCCAUCCAAGGGGGCCAAACCCUCCACACGAUGACGGUAGAGGACAGCGCGUUCAAUAUGAAUGCCCUUAUGUGGCUCGCGGUGUUCGCUUUAAUAUCGAUAAUUCCGAUUUUCUUAAGGAACAGAGUAUAGAAGUGAUUGCCGGUUAGGAAAUUGUUGUUUUGGGGACGUAGGACUGUACAAAUUCAAAUUGUUUAAAGUGUAUUUAUUGAUAGCGUAUGUUCGGAUUUGAAGGGAUUUUAUAGGGCCAAAUUAAAAACAUUGAAAAAGGUGAAAAUUUUUGUUGAUUUAACAAAAAUGGAAAAUUUUGUAAAGGUAAUAAUAAAUUUUCUGUUUUUAUAUUGA